AUGACCAGCACAAUGUUGCACUUCGCAUUGAUACUCCUUGUUGCACAGAGCGCUUUCGCCCUCCCAUCGGUUGGCGUCAACUUUUACAACAUCGACCCAAAUAAACCAUUCAAAGACAAUGGACAACUCGUUUCCAGCUCUAUAACCGAUGGUGCCCUCCAGUACAUCGAUGGCGGUGAUACCCCACUGUAUGCACAGAUCCUUAUCCAAAUCAUCAAUGACCUAGCUAACUCAGGCGACAAAGCUUCCCAGGCUACCGCCGUCUUGCAAACCAUCGUAUCUAUCGGUGAACUCGCUAAUGGAUCCCCCGGUGACUCUUGCGAAGCAGCGGCGUUCAUCAAUGCUUCAGCAUCAGGUAACAUCGGAGAGAUUCGUUCCACCCUUACUAGCUUUGCACAACGUAUCAUUAGCUACAUGGAUAUUAUCUCACAACUUGUCGUCAACCCUAACGCCGUUCGUUACAGUGCUGGUCCAAGAGGCAAUUGUCUUGGUGGUGGAAGAAGCUACCGUUUCGAAGAGUUCUGGGACGUCAUCCUUGGCAACGCUAACGCCUACCAAAUUGAUCUCCUGAACGAGGAGUAUUGCGCCGCUAGACGGCUCUACAACGCGUUCAACGUGCGCAGCAACAACCUCUCCGCCGCCAUCACCGCCUCCGCCGGCCCGCAUGCCUUGCAGCUCAUGCACCACGCUAUGGGACCAGUUGCACAGGUAUUUAGUGUUGCUAGAUCUACAGAUAGAUCCUGGAUUUUUGAUACCACACAAAUUACGUUACUAAGCUCAUUGCUGCUGUGGGGCAAAUUGUGGAAUGAUCUUUCUAAGGUUUUCUCUCCGUCGCCGACCGCAAGCCUCGCAGCUCGCGCAGAACUCACUCAGACUUGCACAGGUAUGUGUUUCCUC